UGUGAACUGCUGCUGAUUAAGGUUGAUUCCCUUUGAAUUUGGCUCCGGCUGCAGAGAACAUGCGCAGUGUGCAGCGUGCUGCCUUCAGUCAGUGGAGCAGCUGUCCAGGGUUUGGAAUUCCAACAUGGCAGAGGCUGUGGUCAGUCUUCCCCUCACUAACUUGGAAUGGUUUCAAAUCGCGAGCAGCCACGCUUAACCUCCGCGAGCCAUUCAUCUGCGCACUCACCGGAUCGAUGGUACUAUAAACCCUGACGCUGCCCCUGUCACCUACACAGGCUUGAAGACAUGAUCACUAGCACCAGUAUUUAUGGUCUAAAGAUGCAGUGGACCCCAGAGCAUACACAAUGGGCAGAGCAACACUUUGACAUCUCAUCCACUACCCGCUCGCCAGCACACAAAGUAGAGGCCUACCGGGGGCACUUACAGCGAACGUACCAGUAUGCGUGGGCAAAUGAUGACAUCUCUGCACUGACUGCAUCCAAUCUGCUGAAGAAAUAUGCAGAGAAAUACUCUGGGAUCCUAGAGGGCCCAAAUGAAAGAGCCCUGCUGUGUUCCUACUCCGAUAGCACCGGUGGACUCAUGAAUGGACGAAAGUCGGAGAAUGAGUCCUGGCAGGAGGGGAUUUACCCAAUGAACUGUGCUCCAGAUGUUAUAUCUGUGAGCAAAGCUGGAAUGACAGCUGCCCUACCCCCUACAGAUGUGUCGGCUAGCAUAGGCAGCUCCCCAGGGGUGGCCAGCAGCUUGUCUGAGCCUAGCUAUUCCAGCAGUAACUGUGGGAGCCACACAGCCACUACUCUCCACUCCGGCCUCCCCUCUCAGGAAUAUACUGCCAGCUACAACGGCUCCUACCUGCAUUCUAGCUACAGCGGCCAGAGUACCCCGGCCCUCCCCUCCCCACAUCCCUCUCCUUUGCACAGUGCUGGGCUCUUACAACCACCACCCCCACCUCCUCCCCCUACCUUAGUGCCGAGCUACAAUGCUGGGUCUCCAAACCUUCCCAACUACAAUUAUCCUCCAACAGGGUAUCCUUCUCAGACUGCUGUUGGCCCUAGUUAUAGCCCUGGGGGAGCGCCCCCUCCUUCUGCUUAUCUGCCGUCCGGUAUUGCAGCUCCUACUCCAAUCCCUCCUUCCACACUGCCUGGCUACACCUACCAGUCCCAUAAUCAUACACCAAUUGCACCAACACCUUUGAAUGGCAGCACAUCCAACUCAUUAAAACGAAAAGCUUUCUACAUGAGUGGACAUGGAGAUAUGGACUCUAGCUUUGGUAAUUUCAACUACAACCAACAGCGCUCUUCACAGAGCCCAAUGUACAGAAUAGGAGACAGUGGUAUCUCAGACUCAAACAGGGGCAAUGCCUUUGAUAGGAAUGCAGAGGCAUCGUCUUUAGCGUUUAAGCCAACCAAACAGCCAAUGUCGUCUGAUCAACAAAGAAAAUUUAUGAUACACUCUGGCAGAGCACUAACUCCUCCAUCUUAUGGAUCAACCAAAAGCUCUGUGGGUGAUCUCAGAACUGGUGAGCCCUACAACAAGUUUGGUUCCCCCAUCAUGAGCGAGCAAACUGAAGAGCACAGACAGCACCUCUCUCACUCCCUAACAGGGCCUGACAUUGGUACGGCUACCUCGUCCAUCCAUGCUGCAGAGGAACAACUGAAGAACACUGACUCCAACCUGGUGGAGAUGGUGACCACAGAAAUCCUUCAGCAGGGCCCUCCAGUGGACUGGAGCGACAUCGCGGGUCUGGAUAUGGCCAAAGCAGCCAUCAAAGAGGAGAUACUAUGGCCCAUUUUAAGGCCAGAUAUGUUUAGUGGACUUGCCACAUUACCUCGGAGCCUCCUUUUAUUUGGACCUCAGGGAACUGGUAGAACGCUGCUGGCCCAUUGCAUGGCCAGCCAAUUGGGGGCUGCCUUCUUGCGACUCAGCAGCUCGGCUCUGGUGACCAAGUGGCUAGGGGAAGGGGACAAGAUCAUCCAGGCUUCUUUCCUGGUGGCCCGGUGUCGCCAGCCAGCUGUGUUGUUCAUCAGAGAGGUGGACCUGCUGCUUUCAGCCCAGCUCAGUGACGAGAGCCCAGUGAAUCGCCUCAAGGCUGAGCUCCUCAUGCAGCUUGACAGUAUUCUCACCUCUGCUGAGGACCAUGUCCUUGUGGUCUGCUCCACCAAUAAGCCUGAAGAGAUCCCUGAGUCCCUACGGAGGUACUUUACCAAGCGACUGCUCAUCCCCUUGCCUGAUGGGACGGCACGACACCAGAUAAUCAGCCAACUGCUCUCACAGCACAACUACUGUCUUAGUGACAAAGAGAUGUCACUACUGGUUCAGAGGACAGAGGGCUUUUCAGGACUGGACGUGGCCCAGCUGUGUCAAGAAGCUGUGGUAGGUCCUCUCCAUGGCAUUCCUGGUACUGACUUGUCGGCCAUCCAUCCCACUCAGAUGAGACCGGUGUCCUACCAAGACUUUGACAAUGUGUUUUGUAAAUUUCAGCCCAGCAUAUCACAAAAAGAACUUGACAUGUACACUGAGUGGAAUAAAAUGUUUGGUUGUAGUCAAUGAGAGAGACCCAUCAAACACAAUUUCUAUAAAACCAGAUAAAAACAGAUAUGUGUUUGGCCUUCACUGAACAAGAAAUCUAACAAAUAGUGGUGACAUAAACGUACACAACAAAGGGAUGGUCACUGAAGGCUUUAGACAGAAGUUGACAUCACCCAUUGGUAUAAAGUAACUAAAUGCUUUAUGUGUCUGACGCUAUGUGCUCACUAAAACUCAAAUGACCUGGAGACAAUGCCCCCCCCAUUUUUGUAUAUACAUAUAUAUAUAUAAAUAUAUAUACACACUAUUCUGCUGAUCUUGAGAUUUAGUUGCUAUCAAGUGCCUGAGGUGGUGCUGUUUAUUUUUAUUUCUUUCUCACAAUCUUCUUUGGUGACAUGUGCUAAUAUAUAAAUAUUAAAAAAAGAAAAAAGCUUUAAAAUGAGACAAAAAACUUGCUUUCUCUUUUCCAUUAGAACGGUGUUCUACAGCUGUGUCUGUUUCGUGCUCUGUGUGAACAGUUGUGGUUAAUUUGAGCUAAAUGAAAUUUAUUGACAUAAUUACAGUUGGGCUUCAUUACCUUGCACAGGUUUGAUGUAUGUGUAAAUCAUUUAAUUACAAUAACAAGGACAUACUUUUCUCUCUCUCUCUCUCUCUCUUUUUGCCAGAACAUUUUUUUUUUUUUUAGCAAACUUAAGGUGAAUUUGGUUGCUGUACUAGCCUCUCCACUAUAGAUGAAGUUACAGAAACAAAUAUUAUUUUAAAAGGUGACUUCAAUCCAAACAAUACACUAAUUAUGUAAUCGCUGUUAAAAUAUUGUUACAGUAGUAAUUUACAGCGUUUCACAUAAAUGUAAAAUUCUACCAUUAUUUCUUUUGAUGAAAACUCAGGAAAGUGAUAAUGAUAUGUAUAGUACCUCAUAAGCUUGUGUCGAAGCACUACAAGAGCAUUUGGCUUGCAUUUGAAAUUUCCAUCAUCAAACCAUGUAAGGCUAUAUAAUACCUCAAACAAGCUCAAAAAGACAUGAGAGGGUUCUUACAAUGAAUGUAUGAGAGAAAUUCUGGUUCAUUUACGAGACAAAACAUUCGUUUGGGGUUCUUUACCUUCUUUUCUUUAGCUUGUGGUGAUGCAGAGCUGAGUGAAAUCCGAAAGGUUGCAGACAAACAUCUUGGGGUUGAGGAAGACAACUGCCCCGAGCUAUUUCAUUCCAUCCUGCUGCCGUUUUAUCACUAAUGAAACCUAAGGAUUAUGUAUAGCCUAAGUUCCUUUCUACCUCAGUUUGUUAGUUAUCUCUGAAAGACAAAUUCAUGAAGACAGCAAAAUGUCAGAACCUAUUCUGCCUGUUUGAUGAGGAAAACGUUUUGAGAGCAACACCAAACAGUAUUUUGUUGUGUGCAAAAUCUAUUAGCUUUACAUUUUGAUAACUCCCAUGAAUCCUGUUUAUCACCACACAAUGCACUUAAAGGGGAAUACCACUGAAUAUCAUGUUUGGGGUACACCACACCUUUACAAUUUGAUAUGUAUUAUCUUGUUGCCAUUACUUAUUUGGCCCCCGAAUGUGGGAUGUCAAAUAGAAAAACUAAAUGUGACGAUAUUCACAUUCAGGUUUGAUAAACAUUUGCUGGCAUGAAACCAAUUCCAUUAUUUUAACCCAAAGUUUGGAGAAGGAUUGGUUUGGCCUGUCUCAGGCCAUAGCUGUAACAUUCAUGAAUUGAGUGGCAUUCCUUUUUAAGAACAUGUCAUGAAGGCUAGUCUGUACACAAAACUGUUUUUUUUUUUUUUUACUCCUGUGUUGUCAUUUUCACACUUAAACUGUUGUGUUUACAGUGCUAUUAAUCACUACUUGCUUGCCAUUAAUCAGUGCAUUUCCCAUGCAACAUUUUUGGCAAUGAAAGAGCGGGACUGACAGCUGAAUUGGCUAGUAACAAUGUUAUUGAAUGUAUUACGUCCUCUGAGCAGUAAGGAAAGCAAAGCACUUGCACAUUGAAGAAUGCCACUGAAGUAGAUAGCACUGGUGUAGGCGUAUAAUACUGCAGAGGCACUAAGGGACCUUGUGUUUGUUUUUCAAAGAAGGUCCCUUCAUGUUUGUUGCCUAUUGCACAUGUUUUAUUUGGUCUUUUUUUUUUUUAUUGGACAGUGUGCAUAUUGAUCACUGCCACCUGGUUUGGUAUCAUUAACUCUUCCAGACCUGUAUGAGGAUGUACACAGAACAUUCAGACAAUAGCACAGAAACUACGUAGCAGCAGAGAAUGCUAGCAAGCUUGCCAACGUUAAUAUCUUGUUGUAGUUUCAUAUCUGUGUUAUAUAUUUAUAGAUACGUGAUCCCGUCAUAAGACGGCUGACAUCCAUUUUCAUUAAAUGCACACAAGUUAGAGUAAUUGGUGAAAUGUUAAGACAACCUCAAGCAAGCAGAUCAACUCACAAGCAUUUCAUUUGUGACAUUCCAGUCACCAUUUUCUUACUGAAUAGACCACAGUGUAGAAUAUAAGUGGAUUUAUGUUUCUUGGUAGGUAUUGUUUUCUCAUAUUGUAUUGAUGUGGGUCCUUUGAUUUAAAAAAAUCCUUUUCUCAAUGAACUGGGUCACUUUUUUCACAUGGCGGAUUACUACAAAGUUAUACAGUUACAAGAAAACAUUAAAGAUGGAUUCAUUGUUGGUGAAUUGUACAAAAGUAGUUUGAUUUAACUUAGUGUUAGUUUCUCUUUGAGAUUUACUGUACCACGUCCAGACGGUCAAUAGCCAAAUUUGUUUUCACACAAAAGUGUCCGUUUAAAAGCUUCAAAGACAAGGAACAUGCACAGAAAAUUGGGCCAAUAAUAAUAAUGGGAAAUAUAUUUAAAAGGGUUGUUUUUACUGCACAAACUAGAAAGGUGUUUGAGCAGAGAGCUUAAGCGAUCGCAGAACUCCCCUUGAAUAUUGUGUGAUUUAUUAUUACACCUGUUUAUUGGUUGAAAUUUCCCUUGAAGCCAAAGUAAAACAGCUUUUGUUUUUUUAAGGAGUUUGAAUUUCAGUGUCUUUAAUGCAACAGUGCACGCUGUGGAUAUUUGAAAUUGGCAAAUUUUACAGCCCUCUCACUGGGCAUUGUUAAGUACUUGUAUCACAGUGUGUCAAAAAACGUUCAAGGAACAUGUGAGAAACGUUUGUAGUUUUAUGUUGUCUGAGUUUAUGAACAGUCAUGCACCUCUGCCUUGAGUUCAAAUAGAAACAUGAAUAAUUUGUUUAUCUUUGACACACACCACACUCUGUCUUGUCACAUUGGAAUAUAAUUGUUUCUGUGUCCACGAUUGCUAAUUUUGCUCGUCGCAAGAUUUUUGACAAGAAGGUGAUAAGAAGCCCUAAGUGCCAUUAACAAGCGCUGAUAUCAUGAGUAUAAGAGGUUGACUGUUCAUGACCUGACAGAGAGGUGUACGCUAAAAAGGGGAAAUGUUCCACUCAAGUGAAGUAGUACUUGUAAUCACUCCGAUAACAACAGAUCUUGUCACAUAUUUGCUUUCUUUCAUUAUUAUUUUAUUUGUCUCCCCAACGGUGCAAUAGGGCACAUUGUAACAAAAGGCACACGGAUUAGAAGUUACAUUCGUAUGUUUAAUUUCGCAAAAUAGACAGUCAAAAGAUUUAUCUGAGGAAAACAGUUUGUUCAGAUAGGUUGUAUAUUUCACAUACUGUAGAUGGUAUUAUAAAUAAUCAUUCAUUGUUGAUGAAGAAGUGAUGGAAGCGCCAAGAGUCACAAACAACACUUGAGCAGAAACUAUGAUAAGCACAUCGAGUCUCACAGUGAUGCCAACUCAGUCACUUGAAUCGCUUUUUUUUUUUUUUUUAAUCUUUCAGUAUUUCUGUACUGCUUAAGAUUUUUGAUUCCAUCCUUCUGUAGUUUUAUAAUCUGGCUUCUUCUUUUAUAACCAUUUCUACCUCAUUGCUACAUAUUGUACAUGUAGUACUUAUGUCCUGUCAUUUUGAAUGUCAUGCAUUUGUGGAUAAAAAGUAAAAAAAAAUAAUAAUAAAAAAAAGAACAAAAAAAUAAAAAAAUAAAAAGCUUGCCCUUGAAUCUGAGCAGUCUACCUCUUAAAGACUGUCUUUACACUGUCAAGUACAAGUCACAGAAAAAAAAAAAUGAAGGCACCUUGAGGGCGAAGAUGAAGUUAACCUGCACAUACUGACGUACGGUUUAUUAACAGUACCAUGUUUCCUUUGAAUUGUUGCGGGUCUUCUACAAAGUCACCAAUGCAAAUUCCUAAAAAGUACAGUAACAAAUUGCUUUAAUCCUUUGUUAAUUGUUGUAGUGCGCAUGUUAAUGUGUAUGUAUGUGCACUUGCGAUUCUACAUGCAAGUACGAGGGGUAACAUUAAGAUAUGAAAAAUCUGCAUUUUUACUUUUCAUAUACAUGUACAGAGAAUAAACUUGCACAUAGCUGUACUUAUUGUACAUUUGCUAAUGAUAUACAGCAUACAUACGAAAAAUGCACCACAUACAUGUUUAUAUGUGUGUAUGUAUCGCCAUACUUACAGUACAGUCAGUUUAAAUGUAUUUUCAUUUCAAGGUACAUAAAGGUUACUGAAAUACUGAAUAAAGAUGUUUUCUUUUUUUUCCUGAAAA